GCAGUUCCCCUUACGUAGGGCUGCUGAUGUGACAGCCCCAUGACAGGGAGGACCAGCCUCCAAGGGGCCACACCCUGGGCCCUGUCUGUCCUGAGGGCGCCAGACUCUCCUCCAGCUGCACAGCCUGGACCACGGGGAGGAGACGCCAUGACCCCCACACUCCCAGCCCUGCUCUGCCUCGGGCUGAGUGUGGGCCUGGGGACCCAGGUGCAGGCAGGGACCCUCCCCAAACCCACCCUCUGGGCUGAGCCAGGCCCUCUGGUCACCUGGUAUAGCCCUGUGACCAUCUGGUGUCAGGGGACCCUGGGGGCCCAGGAGUUCCUUCUGUAUACAGAGGGAAGCCCAACUCCCUGGUACCGACUGAGCCCACUGGAGGCUGGGGACAAGGCCAAGUUCUCCAUACAAUACAUGACUGAGGCCUACGCAGGGAGAUACCGCUGUUACUAUAUCAGCCCCACUGGCAGGUCAGAGCCCAGUGAUGCGCUGGAGCUGGUGGUGACAGGAGCCUAUGAGAAACCCGCCCUCUCAGCCCUGCCCAGCCCUGUGGUGGCCUCAGGAGGGAACGUGACCCUCCAGUGUGGCUCAUGGCACAGAUAUGACAGGUUCAUUCUGACUAAGGAGGGAGAACACAAGUCCUCCUGGACCCUGGACACACAGCAACGUGCCAAUGGGCAGACCCAGGCCCUGUUCCCUGUGGGCCCCGUGACCCCCAGCCACAGGGGGACGUUCAGAUGCUAUGGCUCUUCCAGAGACAAACCCCAGGUGUGGUCACAUCCCAGUGACCCCCUGGAGCUCCUGGUCUCAGGGGGCUCUGGGAAGCCCUCCCUCCUGACCCCGCAGGGCCCUGUCGUGGCCUCUGGACAGAGCCUGACCCUCCAGUGUCGCUCUGCCAUCAGCUACGACAGGUUUGCUCUGGCCAAGGAGGGGGCACGGGUCCUCCGCCAGCGCCCUGCCUGGCAGCCCCAGGCUGGGCUCUCUCAGGCCCACUUCCGCCUGGGCCAGGUGAGCGGCCUCCAUGGGGGCCGGUACAGAUGCUACGGUGGACACAACCUCUCCUCCCUGUGGUCGGCCCCCAGUGACCCCCUGGACAUCCUGGUGGCAGGAUGGUUCCCUGCCAUACCCUCCCUCUCGGUGCAGCCAGGCUCCUCGGUGGCCGCAGGACAGAACGUGACCCUGCUGUGUCAGUCAUGGAGUCUGAUGGACACUUUCCUUCUGUCCAAGGAGGGGGCGGCCCACCCCCCGCUGCGUCUUAGGUCACAGCCCCGAGCUGGGCAGAACCAGGCCCAGUUCUCCAUGGGUCCUGUGACCUCGGCCCACGGGGGCACCUACAGGUGCUACAGCUCACUCGGCAGGGACCCCUACCUGCUGUCACAGCCCAGUCACCCCCUGGAGCUCGUGGUCUCAGGAGGCUCCCAGGAUCAGCCCCUCCCCCCCACGGACUCAGGCCCCCGCAGGGGCCUCCCAUGGUACCUGAGCCUUCUGAUCGGGGUCUCGGUGGCCUUCGUCCUGCUGCUCCUCCUCCUCUUCCUCCUCCGACAUCGACACCGACACCGGGGUCAGGACAGAUGCAGGAAGUCAGGGGCUGCAGACCCGGAGCCCGAGGACAGAGGCCUGCAGAACAGCUCCAGCUCAGCUGCUGACGCCCAGGACCAGAACCUCUUAGAUGCUGCCGUGAAGGACACACAGUCUGAGGAGGGGGCGGAGCUGGACCAUCUGGUGAGACCCCUCCUCCUGCCCAGGCCACCAAAGAGCUUCUCGUGGCCCAACUUCACCCGGUGCAGCCGUCUCAGUGCCCUCACCCCAGCUCCAACAGCACCCACAAUGGACUCUCCUCUGGGCCCCCGGGUCGUCCCCCUGUGGCUCCCCCUCCUGUCUCCUCGUGGCCCCACCUUCAGGGUCCCCUCUCCCGACUCCUCAUCCUCUGUCUGACCCUCUGGUGCUGGAUGCAGCCCCGCGGCUCAGGAGGAUGCGUGGAUAAGGGAAUGGCCUGCAAGUGCCCAGGCUCCCGUCCUUCCUGCUCCCAACAGACGGGCCCAGGGGAGCACCUCGCCCGGCCCCCUGUAGGUGCUGCAGCUACAGAGGGAGCACGGUCCACACUGCCUGAGCUCCCCUGCAGCGGGAAGAGAGGCGCUAUGCAGAGGGGCAGGCAGGGUCCUCGGACGCAGGGAGAUAAAGCAAGAGAAGGGGACUGGGUGCUGGCGGGGGGCAGCAAGUCCAAAGAUCCUGGCUGAGGCCAAGACGGGCUGUGGCAGGAAGGUGGGCGGUGUGGCUGGAGCCACAUGAGCAAGGACAGGUGCUGAGACAGAAUCAGGACCGCGGAAAGCGUCCAGAGGCCCCGAGGUGUGAGGGAGCCCUGGCGAUUCCAUCAGCAAAGGGACCUCAGCGGACCACGGAGGGGAACACUGACUGCAGGAGGGGAGCGGGACCCGGGAGGUGCUGUUUCUGUCUCACCGUCUCCCUCCAGCAGAACAAGCGCAUGGCGACCCCCAGGAGCGGAUGUCCGCCCAGGUCAACCACUCCAGAUCGAGAGUGAGGCAGGGGGUGGCCCCCUUUCCUUCCUCCCCAUCGGGGGCACUGCUGGACAGAGAAGCCAAAGACAACAGGCAGGGGGACAGUCAGGUGUAUCCCUGCCUCUCUGGGCCCCCAGGCUUCCCCUUACCCCAGAUAUACAGCUGGACUCUCUCUCCCCCACUGCAGGCUGCUGCAUCUGCAGAUGCCCAGGACGUGACGUAUGCCCAGCUGAGCCACAGGACCCUCAGUCGGGGGACAACGGCACCCCCUCCCUCCCAGUCUAGGGAGCCCCCAGCAGAGCCCAGCGUGUAUGCUGCUCUCGCCAUCCGCUAGCCCACGAAGGACCCAGACCCCACAUUCCAGGGACUGGAUCACAGGGACCCCAGAAGGCACGGGAACUGCUUGCAGUGGACACCACCUAAUAACCACCCACCAGCCGGGACCCCUCACAGAGACUCCAGGAGCUCCAGGGGCGCUCUGGGGUCAGCUAUUCUCCCAUCAGAGAUAAUUAAUAUCCUUACAAUUGGGAAAUAAUGCAAGUCUUCUCAGUUGCCAAUGUGUGAAUUUAAAAUCCAAACAGAAGUGAGAGAUGUUUUCAAUGGAUGACGGUGCAAAUAAUACACAUCAAACCCAUGAAUUGAGAAAAUUAAGAACCUUGAAUGAAUCUGUUAGAAAAGCCUAAAAAUAAUCAAUGACCCAACCUAUCACACAAGGAACUUAGGAAAAGAAUAGCAAAUUAGUCUAAAGGAAAGUUGAUGGAGGGAAUUAAUAAUAACAACAUUAACGAUGACAUACAAAGAGUGGAAGAAGAAUCCAUGAAGGCAAACAUGAAAUCCAUUCUUGAAAACAUUUAUAAACCCUAGCCACAAUGGCCAAGGAAAAAAGAGUGAAGGCACAUAAUUCUAGCAUCGUGAAAAAACUGCAGACAGCACUACGAAUCCCACAGACUUUGUAACAACAGUUACAGAACAUAGGAAAAGUUUGAUGCCAAUGUACAGAAAAUGUAGAUGAAAUGGAGAUCUUCAAAGGGACAAUUUACUAAACGGGAAUAAGAAUAAAUGGGGAGACACUCCCGUCGUGGCGCAGUGGUUAACGAACCCGACUAGGAACCAUGAGGUUGAGGGUUCGAUCCCUGCCCUCGCUCAGUGGGUUAAGGACCUGGCGUUGCCGUGAGCUGUGGUGUGGGUCGAGGACGGGGCUCGGAUCCCGCGUUGCUGUGGCUCUGGCGUAGGCCGGUGGCUGCAGCUCCGAUUCGACCCCAUAGCCCGGGAACCUCCAUAUGCCGUGGGAGGGGCUCAAGAAAAGGCAAAAGGACAAAAAAAAAAAAAAGAAUAAAUGGUAAAUCUGUAUCACCUCAUAUGUGCAUUAAAUGCAUUGACUCUGUAAUUAAAAAUUUCCCUACCACUGAA